UCUUCAACAGCGACAAAAGGCUUCUGAUUCAACGAACGUGUUGCUUUGCUAGCGAACAUAAAGUUGAGUCUUUGAAGCUCUUUAGACCAAUCUUGUGUAUAUUACUCUUAGUGUUUUGAAUAUAAUUAUGUUUACCCAUCUACUAGUUCAUUUUAACGUCAUUUGCUCUUUAAAUUAGCAAAUGUGUUACUAAAUUGAUACUGCAUUAGGCUAAUCGACCGGAGCAUGAGCUCACAAAGCUCGACCGAGAAAGAACCUCUGGUGAAAGGAGAGGAAGAAGCUUUCAGGAUGAAAAGGGAGGAAGAGGACGCUAUCACAUUGAAAGAAGAAGAGGAUGAUAUUACAGUGAAAGAGGAAGAUGGGAAAGAGGUUGUCAAAGUGGAAGGGGAGGAGGUAGCAGCUUUCAGAAUCAAAAAGGAGGAAGAUGCCGUAACAUUGAAAGAAGAGAAUGUAGUGAAAGAAGAGGAAGAACCUUUUAGAGUAAAAGAGGAAGAGGAGGCUAUCUCAAUAAAAAAGGAGGAAGACGUUUUGGGAGUGAAAGCGGAGGAGGCUGAAGAUCAGACUACCACCAGAGAGAGACGUGACUAUCGUGGAUCCUCUGGGGAGCCUCAACAACCACCUGAUGCUGACGAGGCAGAGAAGAGUCUCUCCAGAUCAGAACACCAGAUGGACAAUGCUAGCCCUUCCUCCCUGCUGCAGUCCCUGUGUCGUGCCUCUCCCAGUAGCGCCUUACUGCUGGGUAUGAAGAGGUUGUCUGUGCUGCUGGUGGACUGCAGGAAAACAACGGGGCUGAGUGGAACUGUGAGAGGAGGAGAAGAGAAGAAAGGAUCAGAUUUGACUCACCGAAGAGAAAGACCAGACUCAGUGGAACCAGAGCCAGGGACGUCCAAACCCGCAAGACGACACCAGUGCUCCUACUGUGGAAAGGGUUGUAACGGGUUAUGGGCCCUGAAACGACAUGAGAGAAUACACACAGGGGAGAAGCCUUAUCACUGCUCCCAGUGUGGCAAGUGUUUUAACCAUUUAGGGAACCUGAAACUACAUGAGAGAAUACACACAGGGGAGAAGCCUUACCACUGCUCCCAGUGUGGCAAGUGUUUUAACCGGUUAGGGAGCCUGAAACAGCAUGAGAGAAUACACACAGGGGAGAAGCCUUACCAGUGCUCCCAGUGUGGAAAGUGUUUCUACUGGUCAGGGGAUCUGAAGAAACAUGAGAGAAUACACACAGGGGAGAAGCCUUACCACUGCUCCCAGUGUGGGAAGAGUUUUAGCGAGUUAUUUCACCUGAAAAGACAUGAGAGAAUACACACGGAGAAGCCUUACCACUGCUCCCAGUGUGGAAAGUGUUUCAACCAGUCAUGGAAGCUGAAACAGCAUGAGAGAAUUCACACGGAGAAGCCUUUUCACUGCUCUCAGUGUGGCAAGUGUUUUAAUCAGUUAGGGAACCUGAAACAGCAUGAGAGAAUACACACGGAGAAGCCUUUUCACUGCUCUCAGUGUGGCAAGUGUUUUAAUCAGUUAGGGAACCUGAAACAACAUGAGAGAAUACACACGGAGAAGCCUUUUCACUGCUCCCAGUGUGGAAAGUGUUUCAACCAGUCAGUGAAGCUGAAACGGCAUGAGAGAAUUCACAAAAGGGAGCCUUACCACUGCUCCCAGUGUGGCAAGUGUUUUAAGCAGUUCGGGAACCUGAAACUACAUGAGAGAAUACACACAGGGGAGAAGCCUUACCACUGCUCCCAGUGUGGCAAGUGUUUUAAUCAGUUAGGGAACCUGAAACGGCAUGAGAGAAUUCACAAAAGGGAGAAGCCUUACCACUGCUCCCAGUGUGGCAAGUGUUUUAAGCAGUUCGGGGAACUGAAACUACAUGAGAGAAUACACACGGGAGAUGCCUUACCAUUGCUCCCUGUGUGGAAAGUGUUUCAACCAGUUAGGGCACCUGAAACAACAUGAGAGAAUACACACAGGGGAGAACCCUCACCACUGCUCCCAGUGUGGAAAGAGUUUUAACCAUUUAUAGAACCUGAACGUUCAUGAGCUAAUACACACAGUUAAAUGUUUUUCCAGAAUCCACACAGGAGAGAGAAAUUACUUCUCUUAGCAUGUAUAUUGAUAUUUCACUUCUCAUUUUUCUUACAAUUCAUCAGAGAACAAACACAGUGCUCCCGUUGUCUUAUAUUGUUGACUGAUAAUGUGUUUACCUGUUUUUACCAGAUGAAAUUGCUUCUUCCAAUUAUUGAUAAACAUGUACAUGUUAAGAAAGGGACUGUUAGAACUGUUCCAUGGAUUGAUGAGGAAUUUAAAAACUGUAUGUUUGAAAGAGUUGGGGCAAAAGGAGUGGCUAAUAAGUCUGGCUGCACAUCUGGCCGGCUGUUUUAUGUACUGCAAAUUGAGAAAUUAUGUGA